CUCCCACCACCACCACCACCACCACCAGCGCCCGCGCUGCGCACUCACCACCAUCCGCGCCAGCCAACGCCCACGCUAAAGACAGCGGAUGCGCGGAUGGCCGCGCUGUUCCUGCACAACUCGCUGUGGGUGCCGGACCCCGAGCAGCAUACACACAUCCCCUCCAGCGACUACGGGCCCAGGCACAGCCAGAGUCUGAGUCAUGGCCGGACGACGAGCGCGUCGACGCUCGCGGGCUUCUCGGACGCCUCGCACCCGACACAGCCGCUGCUCCCCGCCUCCACAGAAACGAGCUCCGUGGCGUACCUCGACCUGCUUGCAAGACAGCCACGACACCCGAGUGUCCGGGGCGCGGGACCGCCGCCGGGGCUGAGCUUCGACGGGGACCCGAUGACGGGGCGCGAGCGGAAGGAGAUGGCGGAGCACGGGAUCCGGCGGCGUUUGCAGAGGGAGAAGAGGGCGGUCGUUGGGGCGGAGGGCGUCCUCGGCGUGUGGACGCUCUACUGCACCACACGGUACUUCCUCGCCUACGGGCACAUCCCCGCGUCCGCCCCUGCUGCCGAGAGUGCUGCGCUCGCGCUCGCCGCGGCCAGUCUCGCGGCGCUUGCGCUCCUGUUUUCCACCGCGCUCCUCCCGCUGAUCGAGACGCAUCUCCUCGGGCGGUGCACCCCCACCGUCCGCGCCGUCCGCCGCGGCCUGCGCUACUUCGCCGCGGCCCUGCUCCUCGCGCCCGCCGUGGCCAACCUCGUGCUCGCGCUCGUCUGGCGGCGCGCCGGCAGCGCCUCGCUGGAGCUGUCCGUGCGCUGCAAGCUCGAUGUGGACGUCGUGUGGUCCGUCCAAGAGAAGAAGGAGUGUGCGCCGCCGCCGUGGGUGCAUUGGCUGAUACUCGCGCUGCUGCGGCUGGUGCUGACGGCGGCCGUAUUGAUUGUGUAUGUCGUCGCGCUCGCGGCAUACGGCCACACCCGCCGGCCCUCCGCCGAUUCCAGCGCGGCCUCGCACCGCUCGCUUCCCUCCGCCUCGUCCACCCUCCGGAACGGGCCGAGUGCGCUGCUGACGCCUGCGCCGGAACGCCGAUCUCUUCGGCGGACAAGGGAUCGCUCAGCUUCCCGCUCGCAGUCGCAGUCGCAGUCGCAGUCCCACUCCAACAGCCACUCCCGCUCCCGCUCCCGCUCGCGGCACCACGGCUCCGCACACACGACGAUCUCCUACUCCUCGUCCUCCUCUGCAUCCUCCUCCUCGAGUUCAGAAGGGGAGGACGACUUCGACCCGUACGCCGACCUCCCGCUCGCGCCCGCACUCGCGCCAGACCGCGAACUCAACUCGUUCGUCCUCGGCCGCGACACCGCCGCGGGGUCCUUGCUCCCUUCCACCUCCUCCUCCGCCGCCAGCCCCUACGCCCCGUAUGCCCUGACAUAUUCCUUCCCCCCCUUCCCUCCUCCUGGUGCGAGCCGCCAACAUCCCGACCGCGUGCUGAUCCUGAACGCGUACGUGCGCCGCAUGCCGACGAUCGAGAGCCUCGGCUCGCGCGAGGUCGGGAGCGGGAGCAGUGUGCCGGGGACGCCGACCGCGACUGCCUCCCUUGCUAGUGAGCAGGGGCAUUGCGGCGCGGGCGGGAGGCGGCCGAGUGUCAGCGUGGGUCUUACCUCCCGGCCGGGGAGCGUGCAGGGCCCGGGGACGCCGGUGACGCCGCACGCGCGGCCGUUGAUGCCCGGGCGCGCGCUCGGGGAGGCGGAGAGGGAGGUGUUCGAGGGGCUAAGACGGGGGUCGACGACGAGCAGCACCACCAGCAGCCUGAGUGGCACAGGCAGCAGCUCGUUCUUCAGCGCUGGCACGGGGUCGGGAGUAGGGAUGUCGGUCGUGGGCGAGGCGAUCGUCGAGGAGCCCGCGGAGAUGGAUAUGUCGGUGGCGGUAGGGAGUGUUAGGCCGCUGCCGCGCCCGCCGGUGGGGCGGUCGUCGACUGCGUGA